AUGCCGGCACACGACGGGAGCACGGUAGUGCCCUGUAAGUGCAAGGCAAAAGCCAAAGAGCAAUCCCCAUCGUCGUCUUCCCCUCAACGCCGUGAAACCGUCAUCCUGCAAUCUAUCGACGAUAUAGAUUACUUCCUUCAUACUCCCGUGACCCGUAUAAGCUGUACAUCAUUGGGCUUUCUCUUCCUCUCCAAUGUUGAUACCCAACGUAACCUCAACUCAUGGGGUGAUAUGGAUGCUUUCAGAGAUGUCCGAUUAUCGUCGUGGCAGCGAUAG